AGAUAGUGCGACGGAUCGCCGAUGAGCCGUCGAGUGUGAUAUAAUAGAAAAAGUGGUGCCUAUCGUCGAGUAAUAUACGACCGACGGCGCGAGCGAGGAUCGACCGCGAAAGAUGCUGACGUCCAGCGCGAAUCAGUAUCUCCGUCCUGAUCAUUACCUCACGCCGCUACCUACUACGCUGGAUGCGAAGAAAAGUCCACUCGCACUGCUCGCACAGACCUGUAGUCAGAUAGGAGCGGAUCCACCGUCCAACAAAUCAUUACUAAGUUCCUUGGACAAGACAUCGAGUAACAGAUCAUCCAAAACUGCGGAGCAGUCUCGCGAGAAAUCCUCGCCAACGAUAACAGUGUCAGCCACGGUGCCGACGUCGGCGAGCGAGUCCACGAAGACUAGUUUCAAGCCAUACGAAUCGUGCCUGGGACGUGAGAAGACGUGCACGCCGGACGAGUCGCGGUCGACGUCAAGCCACUCGACGUCCGGACGAUCGAGGACGCCCGGUAACGGCGGCAAACGAUGCCCGAGCAAUCAAAGUGCCGCGUCAACGCGCGCGGUCACGCCGCAAGGUAGAAAAACAGCAACACCAAACGGCGAGGUUACGCGGGACUCGCCGGCUUCAAGAAGCUCGGCGCCUUCGGUGCCGUCGAGUACGGCGGACGCUUGCACGAGUCAGCCAACCGUGAGUAGUCCCUCGUUACAAGUGAAACCCGCCUACAGUCCCGUCAGCGUGCUCGCUAUGGCCGAUCCAUCAAUCAAGGAUCUCCCAUUGGGCACGUUUAAGCCUGGCGUCAGUCUACCAGUCUCCACCGCCGCCUACUUGGGCUACAGUCCCGGUCAGCUACCCAUCGACGUGAUGGCCAAUUCGUUCAUGUCCCAUCACGCCGCCCUGAAGAACGGCAUCAACCCCUAUCUUUACGCACGAUUGAAAAGUACCGGUGGACCAGCCGACAACCUGAUGCCGAUAUGCCGUGAUCCAUUCUGCACCGGUUGCCAGCUCAACUCGCACCUCCUGUCGAACCCCGCGACGGCCGCAGCGGCAGUCGCCAGCAUCGCCAAUGGCAAAUUGCCGUCGGGUGCGAGCGCGACGCCGGUUUCCUGUCCGGCCGGGUGCGCUCAAUGUGAUCACAAACCCGGCAGUGUUUCGCCCUACGGCUCCCUGGUUUACGCGCAUGCGCAGCUGGCGGCACUGGCCGGCACGCAGCUACCCUACGUAUGCAACUGGAUCGCGGGUGAUACCGCGUACUGCGGUAAGAGAUUCGGUACGUCUGAAGAGUUGCUGCAGCAUCUCAGAAGUCACACGAACGUGUCAGCGAGCGGCGCAACCGAUCCCGCGAGCGCGGCCGCCGCGCUCUCCCUACUGCCUGGACCACCCCCGGCGCUGCACCCGACUCAUCCUCUGUUCGCGAGAUCUUACCCUACGCCGCCUUUAAGUCCGCUCGCUACCGCGCGCUACCAUCCCUAUGGGAAACCCUCGCCGCUCUUGACACCGUCUCUGUCGACGCUCGGGCUGCCGCUUCCACCGCCGCCACCGCCACCGCCGCAUCCACACGCGACCGCCGGACUGGCGUAUUUCUCGCCGUAUUCUAUCUACGGGUCCCGUCUAGGCGCUACCUCCGGGAUGCACCAAUGA